CUUUGCGCUCCUGCCACCGGCCCCAGGCCAGGUUCGCCGCGGAGCCUAGGCGGUGCUGUGCGGACGCUGCGGGUAACAGCCAGUGGCCGGAGUGAGCGCUGAGACGGAGGACUUGACCGGGCUCUUUGGUUUCCUAGUUAUCCACAACUGAAGCCGGAGCUCGCUGCUUGGCUGUACCAGGCAUGAACUACGCACGGUUCAUCACGGCCACGAGUGCGGCCAGGCGGCCUUCUCCCAUCCGAACCACGGCUGAUGUAAUAGCCAAGGCAACAAAAUCACUCAUCUCCUUGGCUCCUGGAUACCCAAAUCCAAGCACGUUCCCCUUUAAGAGCGCUGUUAUCACUGUAGAAAAUGGAAUGACCAUCCAAUUUGGAGAAGAGAUGAUGAAGAGAGCACUUCAGUAUUCUCCAAGUGCUGGAAUUCCAGAGCUUUUGUCCUGGCUAAAACAAUUCCAAGUUAAAUUGCACAGUCCUCCCACCAUCCACUAUCCACCUGAUCAAGGACAGAUGGAUAUCUGUGUUACAUCUGGUAGCCAAGAUGGGCUUUGUAAGGUAUUUGAAAUGAUCAUUAACCCUGGAGAUAAUAUCCUCCUAAAUGAACCUAUUUAUGCAGGAACACUUCAAGCUCUGCAGCCCCUGGGCUGCAACAUGAUUAAUGUUGCCAGUGAUGAAUACGGGAUCAUCCCAGACUCCCUCAGAGAAGUCCUUUCCAGAUGGGAACCGGAAGAUUCAAAGGACCCUAAGAAGAACACUCCCAAGUUCCUUUAUACGGUCCCAAAUGGCAACAACCCUGCUGGAAACUCAUUAACAAGUGACCGCAAAAAGGAAAUCUAUGAGCUCGCAAGAAAAUAUGAUUUCCUCAUAAUAGAAGAUGAUCCUUACUAUUUUCUCCAGUUCAACAAGUCCCGGGCACCAACAUUUCUUUCCAUGGAUGUUGAUGGGCGUGUCAUCAGAGCUGAUUCUUUAUCAAAAGUCCUGUCCUCUGGGUUGAGAGUAGGGUUUCUAACUGGCCCCAAACCCUUGAUUGAAAGAGUUGUUUUACACACCCAAGUGUCGUCAUUGCACACCAGCACUUUUACACAGCUUAUGGUAUCCCAGCUUUUACACCAGUGGGGAGAAGAGGGUUUCCUGGCUCACACAGAGAGGGUUAUUCAUUUCUAUAGGAACCAGAGGGAUGCAGCACUGGCAGCCGCAGACAAGUGGUUAAGUGGUUUGGCAGAAUGGCAUGUUCCUACUGCUGGAAUGUUUCUGUGGAUUAAAGUUAAGGGCAUUUCUGACGUAAAAGAACUGAUUGAAGAAAAAGCCAUUAAGAAAGAGGUCUUGCUGGUUCCAGGAAAUGGUUUCUACAUUAACAGCUCUGCUCCCAGCCCUUACUUGAGAGCUUGCUUCUCCAUAGUUUCUCCAGAACAGAUGGAUGUGGCCUUCCAGAGAUUAGCUGAACUUAUAAAAGAAUCUUUGUGAAGAACUCAAACUAAUCAUAAUACUCAUAGAAUUUUUUUCAAAUGAAUUAUUUCUAUUUAGCUGGAAGAAAUCAUCAUGCAUGUUAGCCUUACAGGUGGAUUUCAUCAAGCAUAUCAUAUCUGUAAUUUAACUAGACAACUUUUAAAGUACUUUUGUAUAUCAGAUUGCCAAAAUAUAUUUAUAAUCUACUUGUGCCUUUUGAUAAAUUUUCAAGCUGCAAAAACUAUUUUAUCUUGGAUUUUAUUGUAAAGAGCUCUAUAAUUGCCUUUGAAACUAACAUUUUACACAAAAUUAUUUUGGAAAAUUUAAGGAAAUAUUUAAGUUCAAGGUGGUAUAUAAUGUGUACCUUUUCUAUUUUCAGGAAAAUUUUAUAGAUCUUAUUGCAUAUGUUGUAAUUUGACCAUUAUAAAUGAUUUUUAGUAAGAUUCCCAUAAUAGCCAUUAUGUUAUACCACAGAAAUCCCUUUAAAAUAAAAUUCUGAAAAUAAACAUACUUAAAGAAUCAGAGCUAUUAAUAUUAAGCAAGGAGGGGAGAUCAUGGGCUUAGAAAAUUUUACUGCAUUGCAUUUUUGUAACACCACAUAAUUUAUUAAAGCAGUCUUAGCAGUUAAAUUCUAAACAAUGAAAUAUUGGGAUUUCCCUUUUUGAUGAUUUUCUUUCUCAUCUUUUAAAAUCUUUAUAUUCCCAUCUGAUUAUCAAAGUAAUAUAUGCUCAUCUUAAAUUUUCAGAUAGAUAAGAAAGCAAAAUAAAUCAAGUAAAAGUAUCCACUCUUUCACCCUGUGAUAACUGCCCUCAGCAUUUAACAUUCCACUUUUGAGAUGUUUUUCUGUGCAUGCACAUGGAAUAUCUAGAAUAGGAUCUCAUUGUCACAGUGUAUCAUAAAUGCCUUGACUUCACUUUCUAUCACUGUUUAAGAAAAUACCAGAGUAUUCCAACAACCAGUAACUGUACAAUUACAAGCCCCUUUGAGGAGUGGGAAAUUUAUGCCAUUAUUUUAUUCUAUUUUCCCCAAAGAAACCAUUUAUUUAAUGAGUAUGAAUUUCUUAAGUUCAGCUUUAGGAAUAUAAUGAUUCUUCCCAUCAUACCCACCCCCACUCCAACCCCCCCUCCUUCUCUCUUUCCCAUUUCCAGUCCCAUUCUCCAUUAAGAAAAAAAGAAAAAAAAAAAACUGUUCCUCAACAGUCAAGACAAGGGCUGUUCAAAUAAUUGUUUCUCAAAGUGUCAAUUUCACUUCUACAGUUUUCCUUUUAGGUGCUCUAUUAGUUAAUCACAGAUCGGGGAGAACAUAUGGUAUUUGUCCCUUUGGGACUGGCUUAUUUCACUAAGUAUAAUGUUUUCCAUAUUCAUGCAUUUUGUUGCAAAUGACUGGAUUUCAUUUUUUUUACCACUGUGUAGUAUUCCAUAGAGUACAUAUCCCAUAAUUUCUUUAUCCAGUCUUCAGUUGACAGGCAUUUAGGUUGAUUCCGUGUCUUAGCUAUUGUGAAUUGAACUGCAAUAAACAUGAGGGUGCAGAUAACUUUUUUAUUUGCUGAUUUCAUUUCCCUUGGGUAAAUUCCCAUAGUGGUUUUACCAGUUUACAUUCCUACCAACACUGGAUUAGGGUACCUUUUUCCCCACAUCCUCACCAGCAUUUGUUGUUUGUUGAUUUCUAUAUGAAAGCCAUUCUAGCUGAGGUGAGGUGAAACUUCAUUGUGGUUUUGAUUCGCAUUUACUGAUGGCUCAUGAUCCUGAGCAUUUUUUCAUGUGUCUGUUGGCCCUUUGGAUUUCCUCUUUUGAAAAAUGUCUGUUUAAGUCCUUGGCCCACUUCUUAAUUGGGUUGUUUGUUUUGUUGUUUUGGAGUUUCUUUUUUUUAAUAUUUUUAUUUAUUUAUUUGAGAGGUAGAGUUACAGACAGAGGGAGAGGCAGAGAGAAAGGUCUUCCUUCCAUUGGUUCACCCCCCAAAUGGCCGCAAUGGCUAGAGCUGUGCCAAUCUGAAGCCAGGAGCUAGGUGCUUCCUCCUGGUCUCCCAUGCGGGUGCAGGAGCCCAAGCACUUGGGCCAUCCUCUACUGCCUUCCCAGGCCACAGCAGAGAGCUGAACUGGAAGAGGAGCAGCCGGGACUAGAGCCCGGCACCCAUUUGGGAUGCCAGCACCACAGGCAGAGGAUUAACCAAGUGAGCCACUCACCAGCCCCUAUCAGCCUAUUUUGAUUAUAACUGCCUUGUAGUAUGUCUUGAAAUCUGGUAUUGUGAUGCCUCCAGCUUUGUUUUUGUUGUAUAGUAUUGCUUUAGUUAUUCGAGAUCUCCUGUGUUUCCAAGUGAAUUUCAGCAUUAUUUUUUCAUCUGAGAAGAAUGUCUGGUAUUUUGAUUGGUAUCACAUUAAAUCUGUAAAUUGCUUUUGG